UGUCUACUACAACUCUUUUGUUGUUGUUGUUACAAGCCCUCAUGCUUUUUGAUGUACCUCCUUUGACACAAUGUAACAUCUUUUAUUAUUACUUUCUGUUUGUUGUCAAUAAAUAUAAAAGAAAGAAAAGAAAAGAAAGAAAGAUCUCUGGCUACAACAACUGGAAACGUUGCUGUGGCAAAGUUGAAGAAAUAUAUUUAUUUCACAAGAAGUUACUUGUUUCUGUUUGAAAAGAAAUUCAGACCUGCGAUGACACAAAGACAUUUACAGAAACAAGUUUUCGAGUAUGUCAGCAAAUUGCGCAUUUGACAAUAUAUGUCUAUCAUAUUAUCGCAUCAGAUAUCUCAGAGCACUCUUAACGGGAGACGGUGUCAGAUAGUAAAUAUAACAUAAUAAUACCAUCUUUUAUCGCUCUUGUUACGGGAAACGGUGCAUAAAACAGGUAGCUAACAUAUGUCACACGCACCAUUUCGAAAUACCCGAUCAAAAACUAACCUACAACACUUAUCAAUAAGCAAUAUUCAAUAUCACCCAUCCAGCAGAGAUCCACAACUAUCCACAGGAAAACUUUCAAGAGGACAAUCCCGAGUCUGUUCUCCCUUACCAAUCCAUAAUCAUUCAACGCCAUCAAGUUUACUCCCAAUUGUAAUCAGCGGCGACGAAGAGGAAAAAAGAGAUACAAUGGACAAAGAACAAGAACAGUUCGAGGAUGAUAAUAAAGAACAGUUAGAAGCGUUCAACACAUCAUUUCAAACAACAAAACAAAUGGAAAAGCAACUGCUUAACAAGAUUCCACAACUGAAAAAUCCAGCAGUAGGACCAGAAGAAGUCAGUCAAUGGCUCAACAAGGCAGUGAUCAAUAAUAAUUGGGAAAAUUUUCAAACACAGUUAAUUCAACAUCUUACAAGUCCGGAAGAUCAAAAUGGAAAUACCACACAAAUUACCACACACCAUUCAACAAUUCGCACCAUCCUAAGAGAGGGUAGCGAGAAUGACGAAAAAGCAUUCGAUGAUUUCCUUCGUAAUAAUUUUACGAAAUUUUCGGAAGGAGAAACUGAAGAUCCAGAAACAUGGUUGCUUGAAAUCCUUACAACAUUCGAAUCACUAAAAAUUCUAGAAUCAGAGUGGCUUUCAUAUGUAUCCGCGUUGUUGAUAUUGAAAGCACGAUUAUGGUAUGGCAAACAUAAAUCCAAAUUCAAUGAUUUUGAUAAUUUCGUGGAAAAAUUCACACUUGAAUUCCGUCCUAUUGAACGUAUAGCUAGUAAUCAUACACCCACAACAACAUCAACUAGCGAUCAUACAACAACAAAGAAGCAUCCAAUAGAAUUCAGUGUAAUUAAAACAUGUAGUGAGCAAGUAGUUAAAAAUUUAAAGAAAUUUAGUGGUAAAAAGGAAGAAAACGUCAUGAGAUGGCUCGAUGAUAUGCAAGUUCAAUUUGAUGCCAAUAGCUGGUCAGACGAAAUCAAAUUAACAAUUCUACCCAUAGUUUUAGUAGAUAAUGCAUUAAAAUGGUAUGCAAGAAACUCAACAUCACUUACAUCAUGGAAAAUGUUUUUCCAAUUAAUCAAAUAA